GUUUUGGCAGCAGCCCCUCAGGGCAAGGGGAAGCUGAUAUCAUAAUUAUUGGCUCACCCAGCAGCUGCCUCCCCUCACCUGAUGUCAGCACAGACCCGGGACGGCCGAGCUGACGGACUGACAGACGGACUGAGCUCUUGGCCCCCCAGCCUCGGGCCCCCACGCCGACCUGCUUCAUUGAGCAGGCCAGGACUGGGUGAUGGUGUCACUACUCCCGCCACAGUCUGACGUCACGCUGCCAGGCUCCACCAGACUCGAGGGCGAGCCCCAAGGGGACCUCAUGCAGGCACCGGGCCUCCCAGGCUCCCCUGCCCCACAGAACAAGCAUGCCGGCUUCAGCUGCUCGUCCUUUGUGCCCGAUGGCCCUCCAGAGAGGGCACCCUCGCUGCCUCCACACAGCCCCAACAUCGCAUCCCCAGGCCCCGAGCAAGUCCACUGCGCAGCAGGCCCUGGCCCAGGCCCUUUCCGGCUCUCACCCUCAGACAAGUACCCCGGCUUCAGCUUUGAAGAGGGCCCAGCAAGCAGCCCCGGGCGCUUCCUCAAGGGCAGCCACGUGCCUUUCCACCCGUACAAGCGGCAUUUCCAGGAGGACGUCUUCCCCGAGGCCCAGACUGCCCUGGCCCUCGAUGGACACUCCUUUAAGACCCCAGGGGCGCUGGAGGCCUUUGAAGAGAUCCCUGUGGAUGUCGGGGAGGCUGAGGCCUUCCUGCCUGGCUUCUCUGCAGAGGCCUGGUGCAAUGGGCUCCCCUACUCCGGCCAGGAGCACAGCCCCCAAGUCCUGGGGUCAGAAGUCAAGGUCAAGCCCCCAGCUCUGGAGAGUGGUCCUGGCAUGUACUGUUUCCAGCCCCCCUUGCAGCACAUGUACUGCCCCUCCCAGCCUCCCUUCCACCAGUACUCACCAGGUGGCGGCAGCUACCCUGUACCCUACCUGGGCUCCCCACACUAUCCGUACCAGCGGAUUGCACCCCAGGCCAGCACCGAUGGGCACCAGCCUCUCUUCCCCAAACCCAUCUACUCCUACAGCAUCCUCAUCUUCAUGGCCCUUAAGAACAGUAAAACUGGGAGCCUUCCUGUCAGCGAGAUCUACAAUUUUAUGACGGAGCACUUUCCUUACUUCAAGACGGCGCCCGAUGGCUGGAAGAAUUCCGUCCGCCAUAACCUGUCUCUCAACAAGUGCUUCGAGAAGGUGGAGAACAAAUCGGGGAGUUCUUCUCGCAAGGGCUGCCUGUGGGCCCUCAAUCCGGCCAAGAUCGACAAGAUGCAGGAGGAGCUGCAGAAGUGGAAGAGGAAAGACCCCAUCGCUGUGCGGAAGAGCAUGGCCAAGCCAGAAGAGCUGGACAGCCUCAUUGGAGACAAGAGGGAGAAGCUGGGCACCCCACUCCUGGGCUGUCCACCCCCUGGGCUGGCAGGCUCAGGCCCCAUCCAGCCCCUGGCACCUCCAGUGGGGCUCCCCCAGCCGCUGCACUCAAUCCACCCAGCUCCAGGCCCUAUUCCUGGCAAGAACCCCCUGCAGGACCUACUUGGGGGGCAUGCGCCCUCCUGCUAUGGGCAGACAUACUCACACCUUUCACCGAGCCUGGCCCCUCCUGGAACUCCACAGCCAUUGUUCCCGCAGCCAGAUGGGCACCUUGAGCUGCGGGCCCAGCCAGGCACCCCCCAGGACUCGCCUCUGCCUGCUCACACCCCACCCAGCCACAGCACCAAGCUGCUGGCUGAGCCUUCCCCAGCCAGGACCAUGCAUGACACCCUGCUGCCAGACGGAGACCUUGGCACUGACCUGGAUGCCAUCAAUCCCUCUCUCACCGACUUCGACUUCCAGGGAAACCUGUGGGAACAGCUGAAGGAUGACAGCUUGGCCCUUGACCCUCUGGUACUGGUGACUUCAUCCCCGACAUCGUCGGCAAUGCUGCCACCUCCACCACCACCCCACUGCUUCCCCCCUGGGCCCUGUCUGGGAGAGACGGGCAGUGGGGCAGGUGACUUGGCAUCACCAGGCAGUGGGGGCUCUGGAGCACUGGGUGACCUGCACCUCACCACCCUCUACUCAGCCUUCAUGGAGCUGGAGCCCACGCCCCCCACGGCCCCCGCUGGCCCCUCUGUGUACCUCAGCCCCAGCUCCAAGCCCAUGGCCCUAGCAUGAGCCAUGCCCAGCAGCAGCUCCAGCCUUUGCCUGGCCUGGAAGUCCCAGCUGGCCGCCCACAUCGGGCUCACCUUAAAGGUCAAAGAAGGAAAACUCUCCCUGUCCCUAUGACACUAAGCCAACUUGUUAGCUGGCAGCUGCAGGUGGAGACACCGCCUAGGAUGCUGCCCCCUCACACAUUUCUGCUGCCUGGUGGGCCGGCUCCUCACUCAGAGUCCCUGGAGAACAAGUGUCUGGCAAGAAGAAAACACACUCUCACUCUUCCACACUCAAGCCUUCACGCACGUGUGCACGUGCGCGCACACAGUUCUUCAGACAUACACCCACCCUCAUGCCUUGUAUCCAGAGGAAUCAGAACUACACCACAGAGCCUGACUUCAUUUUGGGGGCAGCUGACGGCUGAGUGCUUUGGUUACCAAAAGCUCAGUGCCCCGUGCCAGGUCUAAGAACAUCUUGAACACUAUUUUGAUGUCACAUUCUCUUCAGGCCUGGCCCCCUCCAGGCAUGAUCUUUCCCCAAAGUCCCGGUAUUUAUUUUCCCAUCUUUAUCCCAGCAGCCCAUAAGGGAGGAGGAGACUCGGAGCCUCUCCCCAAGUGGCCUGGGGACUCCCGGGGGGGCUGCUAUUUAGCAGCACUGACUGCCAGGCUCUACCCAUCCUCAGCAUAUGCUCUGUCUAGGGUGACACACAGGAGGGGCCACGUCUACCCCAGGACCAAACUGAGCCCAAUCCUGACACAAAGUGUUUGGAAAAGCCCCUGCCCUUGGAAACUUGAAAGUGUCCUCUCCUUCCAGCCCUGGGUGUAGGAAGGGCCCCUCCAAGUCACUACAGUCUCACUCCUUCUCUAUAAGAAGUUCAUGUAGUUUAGGCCC